GGAAAUGAGGCACGAGGAAGCAGGGAGAAGGGCAGAAUUUUAACGGGCACAUUUUUGGGGGAAACCUCAGCUGUUUUUGUUUCUUAAACAUAAAUUAAUCAAAAAACGGCGUUUAAACCGAGCAGUAGACGACCGACUAAAGGCUGCCAAGGAAAGACAUUAUUCCACAGCCAGUUCCUUCGCUGCAUUUGAACGGAAAGUAUGACUCUGAGGUAAAAAAGGCUACUUUUGUGGAAGAUGCACUGUGGACAUACAAGAUGCCCUGGAUGCUAACUUGUCUCCCAUAGUUGUAUUCCUUUUGAAUGAAGUGCAAAGGAGGGACAAUGUAGAUUAAACUGCAUACAUUUAAUCCCAGCCUUUACAUUUCUACCUAAUAUUGGUCUUUUCCACUAAGGGCACUCUUGUAGUGUUGAGUCAUGCAGCCCUUAUACACCUAAUCAAAGAAUGAAGCAGUGAUUUGAGCUGUUUUGUCAGAUAUAGUAGGCCCCAUCCAUAAAACGCAAUACAAUGUCACUAGCCGAGCAGUCACAGAAGUGGUUCCCGACUCACGUCCAAGUGACGGUCCUCCAAGCGGCAGACCUCCAGCCGAAGGGCAAGAAUGGCACCAACGACGCCUACACGAUCAUCCAGCUUGGGAAAGAGAAAUAUUCAACGUCGGUGGCGGAGAAGACCUUGAGUCCAGUAUGGAGAGAGGAGGCUUCGUUCGAGUUGCCGGGCCUCCUUGUGGAGGGCAACCCGGAGAUUUACGAACUGUGCCUCAUAGUCAUGCACAGGUCUCUGGUUGGGAUGGAUAAGUUUCUAGGACAGAAGAGCAUCAACCUCAACGAGAUAUUUGACAACAAGGAACGAAGAAAGAUCAACUGGUACACCCUGGAUUCUCGUCCUGGCAAGAAGAGGAAGGAGAGAGGGAAGAUCCAGGUGAGCAUCCAGUUCAUGAGGAACAACAUGACCGCCAGCAUGUUCGACCUCUCCAUGCGGGACAAGCCACGCUCGCCUUUCUCCAAGCUCAAAGACAAGAUGAAGGGCCGCAAACAUGACAGUGCCUUCUCCGACACCUCCUCUGCCAUCCUGCCCCGUUCGGGACAGUGCGAGACUGACUCUCAGCUUCCCCAGGGCCUGCCGAACCAGCAUCUCCAGCCACCAGCCGGCUGGGUGGAGCCCAAACCCAAACGCUCUCUCCUAGCAGGAACUCAGAAACUCUCUGCGGCACACUCCAUGUCUGACCUGAUAGGAACCCACUUCAGGCCCAAACUGGACUCCAUGAACUCUAUAGAGGAGAGUGGUGGAGUUCCCCCUCACAGGCGCUCUCAGAGCGAGGUGCCCGGUUACCAGGACGGUGAGGCGGCGGCCGACCCGUUUACAGACAUUGGCGACAACAUGCCGCAGAAAUUUGCUACGCUCCCCCGCAACCGCAACCCCUUCGAAGGAGAUCAGGCGGUGUUCUGGGACCGGGCGGACCGGAAGGAGAAGAAGGAGAAGGUCAGCCUGCUCGAGCGAGUGACGGGAAAGAAAGAAGGACGGAAGACGAGCAACGGAGCACGCUCGGGCAGUUCAGGGGACCUCCGAUCUCCGAACCCGUUCACCUCUGAGCAGGCCAGCGACACCAACCCCUUCCUUCCACACUACAUGCCCAGUGAUAACACGAAACCCAUCAGUAAUGAAGACUUGAGCCAGAAGAAAAAGGCCUCCCCAGAGAAGAAACAAGGCAAGAAGAACACAAGAGAAUCUGAGGCUGAGCAGCGCCAGACCAGUAUGGCAGCAUACAGCGGCCUUUCGUUUGAAGAGGUGGUGCAGGAGCUGAUCAAGCAGAAGGAGGUGGUGAAGAAGAAGGAUGCCCACAUCCGCGAGCUGGAGGACUACAUUGACAACCUGCUGGUGAGAGUGAUGGAGGAGACACCCAGCAUCCUGAGGACGCCGUAUGAGCCCAAGAGGAAAGCAGGCAAAAUCUCCAAGAAGUAGAGGUGAACUUCAUCGUAUCAUCAGAGUGGUACAUCUGAUGUUUGAACAAGACAUGCAAGCAAUGAACAAAAGGACUGAAAUGAGCAGUUCUGGUUACAGGCAACCUUGCUAGUUUACAUGUGUGACACCUUAACUAAAAAUUGGUUACAGAAUGAAGGAUUAAGGACUACAUACUUCUGUCAUUGCCAAACAUUCUUUUUAAAGGUAGGUUUGGGCACAGGCUGACUAACAGCCUUUUCUGUCAAUAUAUACACCGAUAUUUGUGGCUACCUUGUGCUCGCAUACCUAUUUAGUUUGUGGUAAGCUGUAGAGAGAAAAAAAAAACUUUCUUUGUGCAAGGAGACCGACGUUGUGAUCCGAAAACAGACUGUGUUCAGUUGACUUUGCUGUCCUAAGCACAGCAAUAAUAAUGAUGAGCAAAUAUUUUAACCAUUUGAAUUGACAGUUUAUUUUAUAAUGCACUUCAAUUUAUCGCCACACUCAUACUCAGUAUUGUUGCUAUCAGAGUUCAGCCACAUGUUCAGCCUUUGUGGGUAUGUGGCAACCAUUGCACUCGUAUCAUAGGCACCUACCUGUCUGUGUGGAGGGUGCUCAGUUGUUGCUGAGUACGAUUAAUGUCUGUUGUGUUUACUGGAUAUCUUAGGAACGUAGAAAGGCAGAGUGCAGUUUACUGUGACCUUGUGGCCAUGAGCUGUUUGAUAACAGGGUAUCUACACUCACCCCCUGCUGAAGUGUGUUUACACUGUGCUGUGAGACUAAAGAGUGAAACUGGAACUCCAUCAUCAUCUACCAUCAUGGAGUCCAUUCUUAGGUAACCGAAUGUUGCCAGACUGCUGUCAAUGUUUCAUGAGUUACGGAACGUUUUAUCACUACUGUCGCUUAUUUCUAAUAGUGAUCAGUUGAGCUGGUACUGGAAUCUGUUUGGUGUGGUUUGAUAUAUUUUGGGGAGAGGGUACUAGCACAUUGGUACUUACAGUGCUGUGGAAAAGUAUUUGCCCCUCUACCCAAUUUCUUCCAUUUUUGCAUAUGUGUCACACUUGAAUGUUUCCAAUCAUCAAACUGUUUUUAAUAUUAGACAAAGAUAACCCAAGUAAACAUAAAAUGUUAUUUUUUUAAUGAUGAUUUCAUUUAUUGAAGGAAAAGUGCUGUUCAGCCCUACCAGCCCCUAUGUGAAAAAGUAAUUUCCUCCUUAGCUUCUAAAUCAACCAAUUAACCAAAUUCAGUUGACUGUUGGGACAAUUUCACUUGCAUCACCCAGGCAUGAUUACUGCCAGGCCUGUUGAAUCUAAACAUCAUUUAAAUAGAACCUGUCUGGCCAUGUGAAGCAGCUAGAAGGUCUCAAAAAGCAGCACAUGAUGCCACGUUCUGAAGAGAUACAAAUACAGAUGCAAACAAAGUCAUUGAAUUCUACCAGUCUGGAAUGGGUUACAGAGUCACUGCUAAGGCUCUGGGACUCCUGCGAACCACAGUGAGAGUCAUUAUUCACAAAUGAAAAAAACUGGAUCAGUGGUGAAAUUUCACCAAGAGCGCUUUGAUGUUUCAUUUAGGAGGUGACCAAAAAACCCAGACAAACAUCUAAAUCCUGCAGACCUCACUUGCCUCAGUUGAGGUCAAUGUACACGAUUCCACAAUAAGAAAGACACUGGGCAAAAAUGGCAUCCAUGGGAGAGUUGCAAGGCACAAACCACUGCUGACCAAAGAAAAAGGCAAAGGCUAUCUCAAAUUGCUAAAAAAAUAUCUAGAUGACCCUCAAAACUUCGGGAUAAGAUGAUGAGUCAACGGUGGAACGUUUUGGAAGACGUUACAUUACAUCUGGCAUAGCUAACACUGCAUACCACCAUAUGAACAUAAUUCCACCAGUCAAACAUGGUGGUGGUAGUGUGAUGGUCUUGGGCUGGAUGUCUUGUCGUAAUUGAUGCAACCAUGAAUUCUGCUCUCUAACAGAAAAUCCUGAAGGAGAAUGUCUGUCCAUCAGUUUGUGACCUAAAGCUCGAGCACAGUUGGGUUUAUGCAGCAGGACAAUGAUCCAAUACACACAAGCAAGUCUCUUUGAAUGGCUCAAAAGAAGCAAAAGUAAGGUUUUAGAGUGACCGAGUCAAAGUCCUGACUUGAAUCCCAUUGAGAUGCUGUGGCAACGACCUUAAACAGGGAGUUCAUGCUUGAAAACCAUCCAGUGUAGCCAAAUUAAAACAAUUCUGCAAAGAAGAGUGAGUCAGAAUUCAUCCAUAGUGAUGUUAAAGACUCAUCGGACAUUAUCGCAAACGUUUGCAGUUGUUACUGCCAAGGGUGGCACAACCAUUUAUUAGUUUAGUUUAGGGGCAGUUAUUUUUACACAUGGGUGAUAUAGGUUUUGAAUAAAUUUUAUCUUCAAUAAAUGGAAUGACAGUUUAAAAUCUGCAUUUUAUGUUUACCUGUGUUGUCUUCUUAGAAUAUCUGUGUGACAAAUUAGCAAAAAUAGGAGAAAUCGGGUGGGUGGCAAAUACUUUUUCACAGCACUGUACUAGGGGUGCACCAAUAUUGAAUGUCUGGGCUGAUAAUGAUAACUGAUGAUUAACACUUUGAUGUCACGGAUAUCGAUACUGAUAACAGAUUCGUUUGAUGGUGAAACUUACUUUUGCAUAGCUAAAUCAGAUCUGACAGUUGUUGCAAACAUUUGUUGCUCAUAUUUCACAUUUAGCAAACGUUCUUCUCCAGAGCUGCUUACAGUGCUGUGGGAAUGUAAUGUUAGAACUCUUACCCAAGCACUUUUAUUAGGAUAGCAGUGCUGCUUGGAUGGGGUUGGACAUUUUUCAUACUUCUGUAUACAACACAAUGGAAGUUGUCACAGUACGGAAAACAUUACAGCACGUUUUUAUAUCCUCAGAGAGUUGUCAAAGUAAGAUGGACAGUCUACUUUUAAUGUAAAUCUAAAAGUACUUUUAGACUAGACUACUGACAUCUGUUGCUUCGGUGUCUGGAUGGGCGAGAUGGGCCGCUCCUCGCUCUCUUGCUCCUCGUUCACUGGUCGGAGAAACCGCACUCCUUGUUUGCUUUGUAUGAUUCAUUAUUAUGAUGUUUUUUAUGUCUUGAACGUACGAACAAGACACUACACACUUUGUUUCAUGAAUUAUAUAAUUUAUGGCUGCUAUUAAACGAAAAACUAGAUAAGCAUUCAGUGCUACACAGGUUUUUUUGGAAGAUAUAGGCUUGAAGUGAUGGCUCAGUCACAAGCUAGAAAUCUACUAAGGGUAAGCAAAUGCAUCUUCUUUAUCAUGCGCACAAAAAAAGUGGAUGAUUCGAGUCUAAGUGUAGUAUCUGUAGAACUUUGCUGCGGUCAGUGAAUUUGCGGCCUAACGUAGACAUUGCGUAUGAAUGGCCGUGAUGUGCAAACUGUAGACUCACUGCUGCACCACUCAUGUCAAGCAGAGUAGUCAGUGUU